UCCAUGAGGUGUCUCUUGGACACACCUUCCCGAGGUAUAAAACCGUGGCAAGGCGACAACCGACAGCAGCACAUCCAAUCUCCAGUGAGCAGGAGACCCCACUUUCUGAAGACCCCUUGAAGCCGGGAGCGACUUCUGAAGCUUCACAGAAAACCGACCGACGUCCCGUGUUUAUCGUAUCAUCCAAAGGGGGAAUUUUGCCGAGACACCGAGGAUCCGAUCUGUCAGGAGAGCGAUGGGUUGUCGAUGCGGCAAGAAGCGAAAGGAUAGUCAAGAACUCACCGAUGUCGAACGAGCCAUCGAAAUUGUCAUCAACAAUUUCCACUGUUACGCCGUCAAGGGGCGCAAAGAGUGUCUCACACCCAACGAGUUGAAAGACCUGGUUGGACAGAGGCUGCCACACCUAGCCAAGGGUGUCGGGCCUUUGGAAGAGAAGAUUGAAUGUCUGGGGGAUAAUGAAGAAGCAAAACUUGAAUUUGGAGAAUACUGGGACAUAAUGGGCGAUGCGGCCAAGGGGUCCCGUGUGCCGAAAGGGAAGAAGUAAAGAGGCUGAGCCGAGUUCGAAAGACGACCUUGGACCCACUGUGCAGAAGAACUGGGCGAUCCCCACUUUGAUCUCAAAUCUGUUAUUCAUGCAGCAGUAUUAAUUACUUGGGGGAUUCGUUUGACCCUCUCAUUGUCUUGAUAUCAAGAAAUUUUCAAACCUGGGGCCAGAAGAUUUCCAUUCCAGAAAAGAAAAAGAAAAAAAGUCUUCUCAAAUUUACUUUCCAGACCUCCUGACGCCAAACUUUAGAAUCUUCCUAGAGUUUGAGGCUUUUUUUUCUUUUUGUUAGCUGAGCUGUGAAGAAAGAUCCUCCAGAUCCAGAAUAUUUUUAAUUUUCAGCUCUGAUGUUAGCAGAGUUUAUCCCAGGACUGUUUAAAUUCUGCAUGUUUUCUUUUUUUUUCUUCUUUUUUUUUAAAUUAGCGGCUCAGAACUUCGCUUUGAAAACCCCCCAAAACCUCUCAUUUUCAAAUGUGUACCUCAGAGAUAAAUAUUCUGUUAAAUAUAUAUACAGUAUAUAUAUAUAUAAAUAUAUAUAAAGUUGCACAUAAGAUUUUAUAUAUCCCUGCCAAAACCGGAAUGUUAUAAAUUAAAUUUAAAAGCUGGAUUUCGCU